AUGGGGAGGAGGAAAUGCUGCCGCCGCUGCUGUCAGGCUCCCUCUUCAUCUCUGGAUGUGAUUGGUGCCCUUGGCCAGGCGCACACCUAUCACAUCCCCGGAGGAGUGGUGCAUGCAGCCCUCUGUGAAGCAUGUCUACCAGGGAUGCUCUUCAAGCCAAGCAGUUACCUCCAGCUGGAUGCUAUAGGAUCCAGGGAAGAAGCUAAAAUUAGCCUCAGCAUGGGGCGCAGCAUGGGGGGCAGGGGAGGCUUCGGAAAAGUGAAGGAUUUGUAA